CGGAGCACUCGGAGAGGAGGAGGACGGGCAGCCUUGGUCACCGUAGGAAGGCGCUGACGGGUGCUCGGGGCAGACGUCUUCAGACGGCAGGGCUCGCAGAAGAAAUGUAGCUGCCCCUCUCCUGGGAACUGCGUGUUUCUGGCAUCCGCACACUGAACGAACGCUGGUGAAGCCGUGAUCCAUCCGAGCUGCACGUACAAAUAUGAAGAUACUCUGGAUAAUCCCCUUUUUCCUGCUGCAAGACACGGAAGCUUUUCUGAUGAAGAAUGCCAAAAUCAAGCUGUGUUUACAAGCCAGCCCUACAGACGAGAGUUUACAGCUGGAGGACUGUGACCCAGACUCAGAUUGGCAGCAGUGGUCUUGGCAGGGUGAUUCCUUGAAGAAUCAGGGCACGCAGAGCUGCCUCUCUGUGCUGGGGGACAGCGAGGUGCAGACAAGCCCCUGUGACAACACAGCUUCCACGGGCUGGGACUGCUCCAACUCAUUGCUCUCCCCUCUGGGCAGCAGCCAGAGCUACCUGGUGGCGAGCAGGAAAGGAGUUAGCCUCGAUAAUGUGAGAGGCCUCAAGGCUCAGUGGCAGCAAGGUGUCACGGAGGGGAACAUCUGCAAGGAGAAAGCAGCCAGGGUGGUGCAAGACAGCUACUUCUACGCAGCCCUCACCAGCACGCAGGUGUACGACCACACAGCAGUACAACUCCACCCUGGUGGCGGGCAUGGAUCCAGAAGAGCUGAACAAUCUGCUGUGGUUCUUCCGCACAGAAGACCCAUCAUCGUGGAAUUACUCUGUCCUCGCGCUUUCCUUCGUGGCCACGAUUUUGGGUCUUGUCCUCCUGGGCAUUAACAUUACACGAAACAGGAAGAGGAAGAUCCACAUGUACAAAGAAGCAGUGCAAGCUGCCCAGCAAGCCGAGCUGGAAGCCAAGCAGGCCCUGAUACCGGUGCAGGAGUACAGCCCGGGCAGCCCGCAGCCGCGGGAGCCGGCGCUGCAGGAGGAGAGGGCAGGGGAGGUGCUGGUUCAGUGGAAGGACGGGACGGUCACCACGCUGUACAAGGAGAGCUCAGAGGAUGCCAUGUAACAGCAGCUGGGGGCCAAGCAUUUAUCCUCAAAGGAAAGCAUCAAAAUGUCUCGAUUCACACUGGAGAUGGGGAAAUUUAACAAUGCAGUUUAGCCUGGGGAGGGGGAAAAAAAGAAAAAAAAGAAAAAAAAAAAAAAGGAAGCAGCAGAGCUGCAUCAGCAGAAGUGGCUCUGGACUCUCAGAGCCGUGCCUCCCCCGUUUUAGCUCCGUCUGGGUGCUCUUUACCCGCUGCUCUCAGCUGCCUCCAGGCUUCCCUCCCGCCAGCGUCGCCCCCUUGCCCAGAUGCCGCCCGCCUGUGCUGGCACCACGGGCUGGGGGCUCGCCACGGUCAGCUGGGGAACAAGCCCUCAGGAAAACACCGACACCGAAGCAGAGGAGGGUUUGCUCUUUUCAAAAAGUCAUCUUUAUUAAAAUAUUUGCCAAAGUUGA